AUGGCCGCGUACGACAAAUCAUACCACUCGAGGCCGAGUGCGCCGCCAGCAUAUGGCCAAGAUGUUUCGCCCGAGGCACGAAGCAUCACGCACAAUAAAGACUGGAACUACUCACUGGGCAGCUGCUGCUCCCCGGCCACACUGUGCUUCUUGACCUGCUGUCUCCCAUGUCUCACGUUUGGCAAAACACAAGCCCGGUUGCGAGAUCCGACUUUACAGACCUACGAUAGCAUCAACUCGGAGUGCAUAAUCUUCGGUGUCCUCUCCCUCGGCUACGCCCAAUGGAUCAUCCAGACAAUCCGACGCGGCGAGAUGCGCGAGAAACAUCAGAUUGAAGGGUCAUGCUGCGGAGAUUGCUGCACCGCCUUCUGGUGCGGGUGCUGUGCACUCGUGCAGGAGGAGAAGGAGAUGGAGUUGCGGACUCGGCCCGAGUUGACAGGAUACAGGAGCACGCCUCAGAUGGCGUAUCCUUGA